AUUACUCCACAACGACCGACACCACAUCACGUCCACCACACCACAGUACACUCUAUUCAAUCCAACUCAAUUCCAAGAGAGAAUGAUCCACGGUCAUCGAUAGUCAACAAUCGCAUCCCGAGCAAUUACCCUCCCCCACCACUACAACCGCUACAGCACAACUGCAGCACACAAGACACCCACCAUGUCCACAAACACAGCAGCGAGUGCCUCCACCCCGGCACCAACAAAAACCUACAACCUGCGCAAUCCAAUGCCCCUCUCCGCAGCGCAGGAAUCCGAAGUCAAGCAGAUGUUCUACAAGCGCGUACGGAGCCACUGCGCGGAUGAAAUCAAGGCAUUCGCUCAAUGCGCCGUCAACCGCACAGUAACAGCAACAUGGCUCUGCCGGAGCGAGCGCCUCGCCAUGAACGGGUGUAUGCUGGAGCACGCGAAGCCCGAGGAGGAGGACCGCGCGCGGGAGGAAUGGUUCGCGACGCAUGGAGAGCGUCGACGGAAGAAGGAGGAGGAGACGAGACGGGUGGAGGCGAGGCGGGAGGAGGUCAUUCGGUUGAUGAGGGAGGAUGAGGAGAGGCAGAGGCUUGCUGCUGCUUCGAAGUGAUUCUAGACUGGUGGAAUUCUUGCUGCUUUUGUCGAUUGAUUGAUGAUGUUGGGUCGGCGUUGCAUCGUUUCAUGUACAUGUAUAGUAUUCUUACAGGUUCGACUGUAUAUUAUCAUCUUACUACUCCGUACUCUGAAGGGAUUGUCUGAUGAUGACUGUAAAUAGGUAAUAA